GGGGGUCUAAAAGGAUGACUAUUGAUUACGUUGUAAUACUUCAGUUAUGGCGUCAACCUCCUCAGAAGAUACUUUCUUGAUUUUCGCAAUAAACCCUUGUUUAUUUAUGGAUAUAUUUUCGUCUCUGGUAUCUCAGCACUGUUCAAUUAGUUGCUAGGUUUUCACAGGACCUUCAAUGGUGGGGAGAAGAAAGCCUCUCGUGCUUUCUUCUACACAAUUACUUCUCAAUUCCGUUCUCAAUUCAUCCAAUAAAGAGAAGAUAAAUGGAAUUGACGAUGCUCGGAUCAACAAAUACUCCGGCUCUGAUGGCGAUGGCGUUGCACCGGCGAUGUUGCAGUUGCGUGUGGGUAUUCUUCGAUCGUCGGAGAACAAAUUAGGGCAGAAGGUGACUUCUCUCGACGAUGCCGCCUUGAUUGGACUCUCUACCUCACUUCUCAAAAGGCUUUCUAUUACCUCUGGUUCGCUGGUGAUUGUAAAAAAUGUGGAUUCCCAAAUCCGAAGAGUCAGCCAAGUUGUCGUUCUUGAUCCUCCGAAUCUUCAUGAUGUCUCAUCUAAUGACGAAUCAUUCUCAUACGAUUCUUCAUAUGCAAUGCUCUUAUUUCCUUCAUAUAGUUUCCCUACGAAUCAUCGUGUGCCAAUUCUUACAGAAGUUGCUUACGUGUCUCCUCUUUUAGCAUAUAAUCUUGGUUUGCAUACCUCAUGCUUGAGAUUGCUUCUUCACCAUGGAGACGAGAAAUUGGCUUCUCUAUUUGAAGUUAACGGGAAGAGUGAAGAUAACGGGGAACCAAAUGAGGGCUUUUCCAUCAAUCUACAUAUUGAACCUUUGACAAAGCCACUAAGGUAUGCCUCACAUUUAAGGGUAUCUUUUGUAAAGAUACCCGAGUGUGGUACCAUUGGAUCUCUUAUAGGAAGUUCAUCUAUUGAAGCUGAAGAUCGUCAAGAAAAGAUCGAUUUGGCCUUAAAUGAGUACUUUGCUAUAGAUAGAUAUCUUGCUAGAGGUGAUCUUUUCAGUAUCUCAUACAAUUGGAAUUGCAAAUCAGCAAUGUGCAUCCCUUGUAGCCAAAAGAAGCAACAUCCAAGUGAUACCAAUCUAUACUUUAAGGUGGUUGCAGCCGAACCUUCAGAUGAACCCGUUCUUAGAAUUAAUCGCACUGAAACUGCUCUUGUGCUUGCUGCAAGUGUUCCAUCAGCUAUUCCCCCGGAUCUUUUAAUUGCUGGGAAAAGAGGUUUUGCUCCUUUACAUCAAGAUGCAGUAAAGACCCUGGCCUCCAUUAUUACACCAACUUUAUGCCCAUCAGCACUUUCGUCAAAAUUCAGGGUUGCUGUUCUUUUGUUUGGUUUACCUGGGUGUGGGAAGCGAACUGUUGUGAAGCAUGUUGCUUGCCAACUUGGGUUGCAUGUGGUCGAGUAUAAUUGUCAUGAUUUAGUCGCAUCUUCUGAGAGGAAGACUUCUACCAUGUUGGCUCAAGCUUUCAGUGCGGCUCGUAGAUACUCGCCAACGAUUCUUCUUCUCCGUCAUUUUGACGCUUUUAGCAAUUUGAGCUCUAAUGAUGGUUCGCCAAAUGAUCAAGUCGGUGUGCAUUCUGAAGUUGCAUCUGUCAUCAGGGAAUUCACCGAGCCAUUUAGCCCAAAUGAAGAUUAUUAUGAAGAUGAAGAAGCGGAGCAUAUGAACAGCAGUCAUGCAAUGAAUACUCAUCCAUUGCUGCUAGUUGCGGUGGCUGAUAAUUCCGAAGGGUUGCCACCUUCUAUAAGGCGUUGUUUCAGCCAUGAAGUGAAGAUGGGACCUUUGACUGAAGAACAGCGAGUCGAAAUGCUAUCCCAGUCACUUCAACAUAUUCCGGAACUGCUUCCAGAUACUUCUCCGGAGGAUCUUGUAAAAGAUAUGGUUGGACAGACAUCUGGGUUCAUGCCAAGGGAUAUUCGGGCUUUAAUUGCUGAUGCUAGUUCAACUCUGAUUCCUACUAAUAUCAGUAGCUUUGAGAAGGAUAAACCACCAAAGGAUGUUAGUUCGACAAACAGCAAAGAAUUCAUGGUCAAAGCAUUGGAGCGAUCAAAGAAAAGAAAUGCCUCGGCUCUCGGGACUCCCAAGGUUCCCAAUGUCAAAUGGGAGGAUGUUGGUGGGCUGGAAGAUGUGAAAAAAUCUAUUCUCGAUACAGUGCAGCUCCCCCUUUUGCAUAAGGAAUUAUUUUCAUCUGGGCUACGUAAGCGCUCCGGUGUUCUUCUUUACGGUCCUCCUGGUACCGGGAAAACUUUGUUAGCCAAAGCCGUUGCGACCGAAUGUUCUCUCAAUUUCUUAAGUGUCAAAGGUCCGGAACUGAUCAACAUGUACAUAGGAGAGUCAGAGAAAAACGUACGAGAUAUAUUUCAGAAGGCUCGAGCAGCCCGACCAUGUGUCAUCUUCUUUGAUGAACUCGAUUCUCUUGCUCCAGCUAGGGGUGCUUCCGGUGAUUCCGGGGGAGUUAUGGAUCGUGUCGUUUCUCAGAUGCUUGCGGAGAUUGAUGGCUUAAAUGAUUCAUCCCAAGACUUGUUCAUAAUCGGAGCGAGCAACAGACCAGAUCUUAUAGACGCAGCACUUCUAAGGCCUGGCCGUUUUGAUAAGCUACUUUACGUUGGAGUCACGACAGACCCCUCUUAUCGGGAGAGGGUUUUAAAAGCAUUGACCCGGAAAUUUAAGUUGCACGAAGAUGUGUCUCUUUAUUCGAUAGCAGAGAAAUGCCCCCCAAACUUCACCGGUGCUGACAUGUAUGCGUUAUGUGCAGACGCUUGGUUCCAUGCUGCAAAACGCAAGGUUUUAGCCGCGGAUGCGGAUCCGACUUCCGUGAAGGAUGAAGUCGAUUCUGUGGUUGUUGAAUACGAAGAUUUUGUGAUGGUGUUAAGAGAUUUAUGUCCCUCGCUUUCUCUUGCGGAGCUCAAAAAAUAUGAGUUGUUGCGAGAUCAAUUUGAAGGAACUUCUUCAAAAUGAGCAUUUUUGUUUAAAAUCGGUGAUGUCAUACUUCGUUCAAACUAAUCCGAUGACAAGUCGUGACUGUGUUUGGGCAGGAAAAACUCAUGAUUCCGCCAUUUUUGGAAGUCAUGGAUAGAUUGUGAAAAAGUAAAUACAAAAAGAGUGAUAAAAUGUUGUGAUAACUUUUACAUUAAUAAUCUUAUAAUGUUUUUUAUUUAUUGGUAAC